AAUCUCCAACGCAACACCUCGUACAGUUCAUCAAGUAAAGCCACAUCAGAUCACACACAAUCUAGCUGCAGAAAUGGCGUCGACGGUGGCGAGCCUCUCUACCCCGGCGGCGGCCUUUGCGGCCACAGACGUAGUCCCGAGGAGGAAGAUCGCCGGCCGCGUCUGGUUCCCCGUGGCGCGCCGCGUCGGCUUCGCGGUGAGGUCGAGCGGGCCGGGGACGCCGCCGGGGAUCUCGGACAAGGUGUCAGAGAGCAUCAAGAAGGCGGAGGAGACGUGCGCGGACGAGAAGGUCUCCGGAGAGUGCGCGGCGGCGUGGGACGAGGUGGAGGAGCUCAGCGCCGCGGCGAGCCACGCCCGGGACAAGCUCAAGGAGAACAGCGACCCGUUGGAGAACUACUGCAAGGAGAACCCCGAGACCGACGAGUGCCGCAUCUACGACAACUAGACCAUGCCUGUAUCCAGUGGCGGAGCCAGGGGGGCUGGCAGGGGCCAUGCCCCCCCCCCCCCCCCCCCCCCCCGCCAAGCUUGGUGUAAGUCUACUAUAAUACAUAUAUAAUGAUGAUUGUAUAAGUAUAAAAUUAAAGAAUACACUAAUCUACUGUAGACAUAGAAAACUGAUUUUUAGUUAUUACCUGUGUAAAUAUAUUUUAACUGUAUAUUUCACAAAGUAGGAUCUUUGAGUAAUCAUGAUCAUUUUUAGGUUUUUAGCUGAUAUAAUUUGUUUGUAUUUAACUUUUUAGAUGUCAUGGAUAGUAUAAUAAACAUAUUCUUGUGCCAA